UCAAGCUGAUUCCACGCUCCACGCUGCGCCACAAAAACAACUUUCGGACGAGUCACACGCAUUCCACGACAAUACAUAAAUGUUAUUUUCUUUGCUAUUUCAUGCCACACAUAAUCAGCCGCAGCAGCAGAAAUAACUCAAACAAAGCGAAAACAUUCCGCAACGGGAACGGGAUAAAACUCAGUUACUGUUACGCCUGAAGUUGUUCGUUCCAGUCACUUCGAAAAUGUGCCGCUGUUGUCAGAACUGCGUGGAAGAUUUGUACUGGAACUGCUUUGAAGAACGGUUUUGUUAUGAUGAAUCAAUCGCCAACUAUAAUGCCGAAGACGAUGAGGAGUAUCUGUCGGCCCAGAAGAGUGGCACAAUUAUUGGCCGCGCACAGCACACGGGCCCGGACAAUAACCAUCUAUUGACCGUGCCACACCCAAUUUGCAAUCAGCCGCUGGGACGCGGCAACUCGGGUCUAAUGAGUGCCAAAAUACACGAAGAGGAUUAUCGGCGCGUGACACAGACGAAUGUGCCGAUGCUUGGCCCCGAGAUACUGGCGGUAUUCGCCAACUCGCAAAUCUUUCAGGACCAUCAGCCGACCAAGCUGAAUCGCAUCAGCACGAAGACCUACUUGGCGGGCAUACAUUCGCCCAACAAGGAGACACCCACCACACCGCGUCUCAGCGAACAGGAGCGCCUGCUGCGGCGCCUGGAAGCUGGUCUGCAGCUGGAUGCAACCGAUUCGACAAAGUCGGAGGCAAGCGGAGCUGCCGAGAAGCGCAUUACCUUCACAUUGGCCGCCUCGGACUCAUCGCCGGAGGGCAGUCAGACGCUGACGCCGAAGAAGUUCGAGUCCAUUGCCGAGGAGGAGAAGGAGGAUGACAAGGAUAUGUUGGACGAGGUGAUAUUGCGACCGCGUCUAAUCGAUCGCCAUCCGCAUCUGCUGCCAAACGUGGCCGGGCUGGCGGCAAAUCCCAAACGGAUUCUGCGCUCCGCCAAAAGUGUGCCGCACAUGAAUGUCGCCGGCAGCGAGACGGACAUAUUCGCCAUUACGGGCACGGGCAGCCAAAUCAGCAUGACACCGGAGGUGCCCUCCAUAUCGUUCAGCAAUCUGCCGAAGAACUACGAGGAUACGCCGACCAUCGAAAAGUAUCGCGUCUCGCAAAGCCUUUACUCCAUACAGAAUGCGAAUGCGGCGCGUGCCUCACAGGAUGACUACUCCAUGCCACGCUACUUCCGGCGCUCCAACAUGCUGUUGACGCAGAGCACCGAAAUGCUGCCCGGCUCCGUAUCGCUGGCAUCCAUAUCCACAUCGGCCGCCUCCACCAGCUCGUCCAAGGACGAGCUGCGCCGUCCCGAGCAGGUCAAGAGCAAGCGCCUGCAAAUGCUGCGCGGCAAUCUGCCGCCCCUGCUCAUACACUCCGUGUCCUUCAAGCGCAACCGCGACGAGGCCAAGCAAGUUGAUUAGCUCUCUGCAAACCUUACUUAAUCUGCUUCUUUUUAUCAAACAUUGUUUUCAGUUAAUGUUGCUCUCAAAUGAUAUGCGCCUCGGUAU